ACUACCACUUUCCCUACUCCAGCGGACCAUCCUAAACCGAAGCUCGUUUCAAGCCUCACUCAACUCCCAGGUAAUGAAGCAAAAUUCCAGCACUUUCAAGUCAUGGCCGCCAUUCUCAAUUCUCAAAGUCGAUCAUUGACACUCUUAAGAAAGCAAUUCUUCAACUCUAACUCUCAGCCUCAUUCAACUCCCAGGUGGUAUUCCUCUCAAAACACCAAUACCCACAACGAGAACAAUGAUAACAACAACAACAACAAAGAACCAAACCACCAGAGUGUUAAACUCAAACCCAAAAAGAAAAAGGCUAAAGCCAUGGCUAGGCUCAUUAACUCCAACCCUUGGUCAAAUGACCUCGAAUCCUCACUCUCUGACUCGCUAUCCAAAACCAUUGUGCUCCAAGUUCUCCGCCUCAUCACAACCCCAUCCAAAGCCUUUCAGUUCUUCAAGUGGGUACAACAAAUGGGUUUCUCUCACACUGCCCAAUCAUACUUCAUGAUGUUAGAAAUCUUGGGUCGCCAUAGAAAUCUCAAUGUAGCAAGAAAUUUCCUGUUUUCCAUUGAUAAACGAUCUAAUGGAGCGGUUAAGCUCGAGGACAGGUUCUUCAAUAGCUUAAUUAGGAACUAUGGUCGAGCCGGGUUGUUCCAAGAGUCUAUAAAGCUGUUUUCAACAAUGAAGUCGUUAGGGGUUUCGCCUUCGGUUGUUUCAUUCAAUAGUCUUUUGUCAAUUUUGCUUAAACGGGGUCGGACUAAUAUGGCGAAGAGUGUGUAUGAUGAAAUGCUUAGUACAUAUGGUGUUACUCCGGAUACUUAUACGUUUAAUAUUUUGAUUAGAGGUUUUUGUAUGAACACAAUGGUUGAUGAAGGGUUUCAUUUUUUUAAGGAAAUGUCACGUUUUAAAUGUGAACCGGAUGUUGUUACGUAUAAUACGCUUGUUGAUGGGCUGUGUAGGGUAGGGAAGAUUAGUAUCGCGCAUAAUGUGGUGAAGGGUAUGAGUAAGAGAAGUGUGGAUUUGAAUCCUAAUGUUGUUACUUAUACGACUUUGAUUAGAGGGUACUGUAUGAAACAAGAGAUUGAUGAGGCCUUGGUUGUUCUUGAAGAGAUGAGUAGUCAAGGGCUUAAACCUAAUGUAGUUACUUAUAAUACUCUAAUUAAGGGGCUUUGCGAGGCAGGGAAGCUGGAUAAGAUAAAAGAGAUUUUGGAGGGAAUGAAGGGAGUUGGAGGAUUUACUCCUGAUACAUGUACAUUCAAUACAUUAAUUCAUGCUCAUUGCAGUGCUGGAAAUUUGGAUGAAGCGUUAAAAAUGUUUGAUAAGAUGUCUGAGUUGCAGGUCCAACCAGAUUCAGCUACAUAUAGUGUUAUAAUACGUAGCUUGUGUCAGAUUGGGGAUUAUGGUAGGGCAGAGGAGUUGUUUGAUGAGCUAUCAGAGAAGGAAAUCCUGUUUAGUGCUGUUGGUUGUAAGCCUCUUGUGGCUGCAUACAACCCUAUGUUUGAAUAUCUGUGUGGAAAUGGGAAAACAAAAAAGGCUGAGAGAGUGUUUCGGCAGCUAAUGAAAAGGGGAACACAAGACCCUCCAUCAUACAAAACCUUAAUCAUGGGACAUUGUAGGGAAGGUACAUAUGAAGCUGGAUAUGAACUCUUAGUCUGGAUGUUAAGAAGAGAUUUUGUGCCCGAUGUUGAGAUCUAUGAAUCCUUGAUUGAUGGUUUCAUGCAGAAGGGAAAGCCUCUUCUUGCCCAGCAGACACUAGAGAAGAUGCUAAAAAGCGCUCAUGUCCCAAAAACAGAAACAUUCCAUUCCAUAUUUGCAGAACUUCUAGAGAUGGGCUGUGCACAUGAAUCUGCCAGUUCUAUAAUGUUGAUGUUAGAGAAAAAAAUUAGACAAAAUAUAAAUCUCUCAACAAAAUGUAUAAGGUUACUUUUUGGUAGUGGGCUGAAAGAUAAGGCAUUUCAGAUUGUUGGCUUGAUUUAUGAGAAUGGAUACUCAGUUAAAAUGGAAGAAUUGGUUGGUUUCCUUUGCCAGAAUCGAAAACUGUUAGAUGCACAUGAAAUGUUGCUAUUUGCCUUGGAUAAGGAUCAAAGUAUUGACACAGAUAUGUGCAAUACAGUGAUUUUGGGCCUUUGUAAAAUGAAUAAACUCUCAGAAGCAUUUGGUUUGUACUAUGAAAUGGUGGAGAAAGGAGUAAAUCAAAAUUUGACCUGCCUAUAUGAUUUGAAAACUGCCCUAGAUGCUGGGGGAAGAUCACGGGAAGCUGGGUUUGUAUCUAAGAGGAUUCCAGAACAGGGGCAUUUGGACAGACCUGCUCCAAGUCCAAAUUCCUAUAUUAAAUGGGCUAUCCAACUCUUUUCUUUAACAACCAAACCUAAUAAAGUAAUCAUUUCCUCUCUCUUCAUGCUAUUCUCUCUUGGUACCAACUUCUCUCCAAAAACAAGCCCAAUCUCCCCAUUAUAUAUGAUUGACAAGUCUCCCUAAGUUCAUAUCAAACUCAAACUCUAUCUUCUUGCCACAACUACUAAAAAGAUGUCAAGAACUAAUGGCAAUGGCACCCCAAACCACUAUUCUGCACAAACUAGACGUAUUCCCACACCAGGAAAGGCAACAGUCCUUGCAUUGGGCAAGGCUUUUCCUAGCCAACUCGUUCCUCAAGAUUGCUUGGUUGAGGGCUACAUUCGUGACACAAAAUGUGUAGACUCGUCCAUUAAGGAGAAAUUGGAGCGCCUGUGCAAAACUACCACUGUGAAGACAAGAUACACAGUGAUGUCCAAAGAGAUCCUAGACAAAUACCCUGAACUGGUUACUGAGGGCUCACCAACAAUCAAGCAAAGGCUUGAAAUCGCAAACCCAGCAGUGGUGGAAAUGGCCUUGGAAGCCAGCCUUGCUUGCAUCAAGGAAUGGGGAAGGCCAGCACAAGACAUCACUCACAUAGUCUAUGUUUCUUCAAGUGAAAUACGCUUACCGGGUGGUGAUCUUUACCUUGCUAGUCAGCUUGGCCUAAGGACUGAUGUUAGCCGCGUCAUGCUAUAUUUUCUAGGUUGUUAUGGUGGUGUCACUGGCCUUAGAGUUGCCAAGGACAUAGCUGAAAACAAUCCAGGAAGCAGGGUUUUAUUAACCACUUCUGAGACUACUAUCCUGGGUUUUCGCCCACCUAACAAGGACCGCCCUUAUGACCUUGUAGGGGCUGCACUUUUUGGUGAUGGAGCUGCAGCUGUGAUUAUUGGAACUGACCCUUUAACAGGUCAAGAGUCUCCUUUCAUGGAGCUAAACUAUGCUGUCCAACAAUUCUUGCCAGAUACACAUAAUGUGAUUGAUGGUAGGCUCUCUGAAGAGGGUAUAAACUUUAAGCUUGGAAGAGACCUACCCCAGAAGAUUGAGGAUAACAUUGAGAAGUUUUGCAAGAAGCUCAUGGCAAAGGGUGAUAUAAAAGAGUUCAAUGACUUGUUUUGGGCUGUUCAUCCUGGUGGACCAGCAAUUCUUAAUAGGCUUGAGAACAAACUGAAUUUAAGAAGUGAGAAGCUAGAGUGUAGUAGAAGGGCAUUAAUGGAUUAUGGGAAUGUUAGUAGCAACACCAUAUUCUAUGUUAUGGAGUAUAUGAGAGAGGAGUUGAAGAUACAAGGAGAAGAAUGGGGGCUUGCCUUAGCAUUUGGACCAGGCAUUACUUUCGAAGGCAUACUCGUCCGUAGCCUGUAAUCACAUCUUGGAGACAAUUUCUUGGUUUAAUCUUUAACUACUUAUGAAUUAUCUUCUUCGGAGGAAUGUUAUGUUGCAUUUGAAAUUAGUAAUAUCUAAAGAAUUGGGAAUUAAGAAUAUUAAACUAUCUAACUUCGAUAUAUGUCCUGAAAUUAUGGAAGUGUCAGUAUGACCAAUUACAUAAUUAUAACAUCUGUACUGCAAUUUGAUGUUUUGUUUCGCCUAUAA